AUGGGGACACGGGGACAACGAGAGAACGAACUGUGUUCGACGCCUCCCCCGUCAACCGCGGCACCCGUGCAGCAGAACCAGGCCCGGCGGAGAGCCGCCGUCAACGACCGAAGGCGACACAACUCUACUGUUGCACGGUAUCUCGGUCUUGGUGGCGCAGAAGAGCCGACGCAUCUGGAAAUAUAUGCUCCUUCGCCGGCAGUACCGAGUAGCCCGCCUCCGAAACCUCGACGCAAGCGACCUCGGUUGGCCGCUCAAGGGAACAAACCAGAUGGCAGACGCGUGAAUCUGGAAGGAAACGGGCUCCCAGAACAACAUCGAGUAUCGGAGAGCUUUCGGGCAACAAAAUCUACACGCAAUUCCGCGACCUCUAGACCCAAGGCUCGGCUGUCGACGAGAACGCAGUCCAUAUUUGUUGACGAUGCGCAAACCCAACGAUCGACAACAACCGGCAACGGAACGGCGGUUUCACACCAGGACCGUAUCAGUCAAGCCUGCAAUGUGACAGAUCAUGGUUUCGCGAGUCCUGAAACCAUACGAAAUGUUAGCCAGGAUACAGUAGCUACAUUGCCUGUGCAGCAUCCGACCGCGCUCUGCGGGUUUGAUUUCGACGAUAACGACUUUGAUACCAGUGAACCUGAACAACUUAAUGCUUCCCUGGCACCACAUCAGAUUGAGAACUCGAUGCUUGCGCAAGAUGACUUCGACUUUGACAUCAACGAUGAUGACCUGCUCACAUUGACAUCCGAGAUUGACGACGCAUGUCCUGACCUUGCAAAUGCUGCUUUGAACCGCUCUGUGCAGCCCGGGGACAGGGACGAUGACAGACUGCGUCACCCUCCCGGCACCUGUGCGGAUGCCCCUAUCAUACUCGAUGGAAGUCCUGACAAGAAGACCUGUCAGCCCGUGUCAAAGCAAUUCACUUCCCCGGUCACUCUCACGACGCGCCUGCAAGCCGCAACUGGCGAUCUAGGUUCAUUCAAGAUACGCAAACCAUUUGUCAGGCCACCAUUUCCAGAGGCUGUCCGUGAUCGCUCACCCAUCAUCGGUCUUUCGUCAAACCUACUGCUCAGGACAUGUUUCCGUAUCGGUGAAGUGAUUAACCAAAGCUGUCAGGCAUCCAAAUCAGGGAAGCACAUCAUGAUUGAGAUGUAUGCCAGGGUGCUUGCUUCUGAGCGGACUAGUACAGAGCAGCAGUUCACCUUCUGCGACCUCUUCCAUGCCAAGCCACCUUACAUCAAGGCAGUGUAUAAUGCUGCUAUCUGGAAGUCGGUGCAGCUCUUCGAGUACGACAGUAGAAGACUGUUACAGCAAGGGCGGAUCUGCCGCUGCAUUGGCACCAUGAAGCGCGAGGAUAAGGAAUGGACAAUGACAGUCCUCAACAUCUGGGAAGCAACUUGGGAGGACAUUGAGUGGGUGCAAGGAAUUGUGGACUCUUAG